AUGCAGCACAGAGGCGAGCAUAACCUGAACCCUGUGUAUGAAAACCUGUUCCGCUCGAUUCAUGGCGGCCGCCAGGACGCCACCAAUGAGAUCAUCAUGGAAGUAGGUGCCUUUGGUGGUAAUGCUGCUACCGACAGUAAGCUGGGUUACUAUAAUGGUCUUCGUCAUAACGCUGCUUCCAAGUAUGGACAAGGUGGUGGUGGCAACGUAGGUAUUGCUACUUACUUCUACGAAUUUGAUUCCGUAGGCGAUUGCCGCAGAGACGUAACCCUGAACUGCUUUGAAGUAGAUGCCAACAGCCAGGCUUCCCUGAACCUGCUGGAUAAUAUGACCGAUGGUAAGUACCGCCGUUCCUGGACUUCUAUCGGAGGUACUUCCCAGAACCUGGCGAUCAACUGGAUCCUGAUGCGUUUCUCCGAUGUGCUGCUCAUGUUUGCAGAAGCAGAGAACGAGCUGAAGGGCGCACCGACCGCAGAAGCGAUUGCCGCUUAUGAAGAAGUAAGGGCCCGGGCGUUUGUAAACUACGAAGGCCGCAUGGGUACCACACCCAAUACCAAACAAGGUUUCUUUGAUGCCAUCGUACACGAACGUCUGCUGGAAUUUGGUGGAGAAGGCAUCCGCAAAUAUGACCUGAUCCGCUGGAACCUGAUGCAGAGCACCUUUGAACAGACGCGUACCAAGAUGCGGCAGCUAAUGACCCGUGAAGGUCGUUAUGCCAACGUACCCACCGUUGUUUACUUCAAGCCAUCCAACUAUGAUCCGGCGCUGAGUUCUACCGUAACGGUAAACAGCCUUGAUUUUCCCAAUGGCCUGAAAGCAGCACAAGUGUUUUUUGAGCCACAGGCUUUAAGCACAACACCAUCCGGUUAUACUUCCAGGGCUUGGGCCAACUCCGUGGCGGAGGGUGAUAUUACCGGUACUUCAUCAGGCUUUGCCACUUACUUUAUACCCAACAGCAGGGAACUAUUCCCACUGCAUACCGACGUACUUUCUACUAAUUACAGACUUAAACAGGACUACGGAUACUAA